AUGGGACUUCUAGCCCUUGGAACAGCGCUGGAGUGGCCAGACGCCAAACAGAAGGCGGGCCAGGUGCGCGAGUGGGGUAUCGAGCAAUUACUUGCCAAUUGGCGUAGGGCAAGAGGCAAAGAGCGCGAUGCGCUGCUUUGGGGCGACGAGGUCGAAUACCUCGUGGUGGCACUCGACGAUGCGGCCAAGAAGUCCCGUUUAUCUCUCGCCCAGGCCGAUAUCUUGAAAUCGUUAGCGCGGGACGAAGCGCUGUGGAAGUCUGGAUCUGGAAAGGACAAGAAGCAUGCGGAUCACGACGGAGAGGAGCCUCCUCAUUUCCAUCCCGAAUUCGGCAGGUUCAUGCUGGAGGCGACUCCCGGACAGCCAUGGGGAAUUGGUUUCAAAGAUCUGCUGAAGGUGGAGUCAAACAUGAAGUGGAGACGCGAAGUAGCAAAGGCGCACAUGGCUCCGAAUGAAGUUCCCAUCACCUUGACAACAUUCCCCCGCUUGGGAACCAAGGAUGACUACAUACAGCCUUACUACCCUCCAUCUGGGCCAGCUCUGCGCUCUCAGUUUGUCCCUGAUGAGAUUGCCAACCCUCACAUUCGAUUCCCCACGUUGGCAGCCAACAUCCGAUCACGAAGAGGGCGCAAAGUCGAACUUAACGUCCCUGUCUUCCACGACACAAAUACACCUCGGCCAUUCAAGGACCCAACCGUGAACUACGAUCUCCACAACUGGCCUGAGGACGACGACGUUCGUAAUGGCGCUGCGAAGGACGAUCACGUUUACAUGGAUGCCAUGGCUUUUGGAAUGGGCAGUUGUUGCUUGCAAAUCACCUUCCAGGCAAAGAAUAUGACAGAGGGCAGGAAGCUCUACGACCAGUUGAGUCCCUUGGGUCCGAUUCUUUUGGCUUUGACCGCCGCCACACCCAUCUACAAGGGUUUCUUGGUGGACACAGACGUGCGAUGGAACCAGAUUGGAAAUGCAGUGGAUGAUAGAACCCGCGAGGAACUGGGUGAAGCUCCCCUCAAAAACGAUCGGUGGAGAAUCCCCAAGUCUCGAUACGCUUCCAACUCGACAUACAUUUCUCAAGAUCCCCGCCUUCGAAAAGAGUACUUCGACCCUGAUCUGGUUGUCGAUGAGAAUAUCAAGAAACGCCUCAUGGACGGAGGGAUGGAUGAUCUACUAGCCACACACUUCGCACACCUGUUCAUCCGUGACCCAUUGGUGAUCUUCUCCGAGGACCUCGAGGAGCUAGAUCUCAAUAAGGGUGACCACUUUGAGAACCUACAGUCUACAAAUUGGCAACAUAUGCGCUUCAAGCCACCCCCACCUGACAAGGAUGACAUUGGUUGGAGGGUUGAGUUCCGCUCCAUGGAGAUCCAAAUCACGGAUUUCGAGAACGCGGCGUUCAGCAUUUUCAUCGUGCUGAUCACUCGUGCAAUCCUGAGCUUCGAUCUCAACUUCUAUAUCCCAAUCCAGCGCACCACAGAGAACAUGGAGACAGCGCACGCGCGCGAUGCCGUCAACGAUCGCAAAUUCUGGUUCCGCAAGGAUCCAUUCGCUAGCAUUGUUCCCAGAAGCGCGCAGCAAUCUACCAACGGCAGCACCUUGUCCUCGGGGACCUCUUCUGCCGUCAACACCCCACCCCCAUCACCACCUCUGGGGCCGGUAGACACCGAGUUUGAUCUCAUGACUAUCGACGACAUCGUCAACGGAUGUGCGGACGGUUCGUUCCCGGGUCUUAUUCCGCUCGUGGAGUCAUAUCUUAACAGUGUCAACGUCGACGUGGAGACAAGAUGCUUCUUGGCCAGCUACCUUGACUUGAUCCGGAAGCGAGCCAACGGAACCCUUUGGACCGGGGCUCGCUGGAUGCGUGAGUUUGUGGCAAAGCACCCCAGUUACAAACAGGACAGUGUCGUGUCGGAGGAGAUCACGUACGACUUGGUCAAGGCCGUUGAGGAGAUGACCACCAAGGAGGGCAAAAAUGGAUCGGUCGGGUGGGAGCUUCUUCGAGGCAGGAAAGUUUAG